GGGUGUGUGCGGCUAUCGCGGACCAGCAUGCACAGCGGCAGUAAAGACUCUUCCGCAUAAGUUCCAUCGCUGUACUUCCCUUUUUAACGUUUCAGAUAGUAGGUAAAAAGGAAGUUUUAAUGUCUUAAUUUUACAACUCACUUGGUGCAUUUUUCAGUGGUCGAUUAUCACUGUACAAAAUGUCUAAACCACCACCCAAGCCAGCUAAACCUGGGCAGGUUAAAGUGUUCAGAGCAUUGUAUACAUUUGAACCAAGAACUCCUGAUGAACUGUACUUUGAAGAAGGGGACAUCUUGUAUAUUUCUGACACAAGUGAUAGCAAUUGGUGGAAAGGGACCUGUAAGGGCAGAACAGGAUUAAUUCCAAGUAAUUAUGUUGCAGAGCAAGCAGAAUCUAUAGAUAAUCCAAUGCACGAAGCAGCCAAAAGAGGUAACCUUAGCUGGCUGAGAGAAUGUUUGGACAACAGAGUUGGAAUCAAUGGCCUUGACAAAGCUGGAAAUACAGCACUUUACUGGGGUUGUCAUGGGGGACAUAAAGAUGUCGUGGAGAUGUUACUUGCACAAGCUAAUAUCGAACUAAAUCAGCAGAAUAAACUUGGAGACACUGCUUUACAUGCUGCUUCUUGGAAGGGUUAUGCUGAUAUUGUGGAGUUAUUACUCAGCAAAGGUGCAAGAACAGAUAUCUUAAACAAUGAAAAGAAAUUGGCUCUUGACAUGGCAACCAAUGCGCAGUGUGCAUCAUUACUGAAAAAGAAACAAGUGACAAGUGUGCCCCGAACUGCUAGCAAUGCAGAUGAUUAUCUGGAUGAUGAAGACUCCGACUAAUUAAAUUUCUGUUUCAUGUUUCACUUAAUAAACAAAAAUUGUGCAAUGAUGUGCUCAAAUGAUUAGCAUUUCUGUGGGUGGUUAAUAUUAUAGUUUGCUUGGACUUUCGUAGUUAAAUUUAAUUAUGUUUAUAUUUAAAUUUUCUUUUUAACAACAUGCAUUUUUUACACUCUACGUAAUAUACAAGUUUGUUUUUUCCUACAUCUUAACAUGUAUUGAUCGUGUUUUAAAAUAUAUUUUGAUCAGUGAACUUUUUCCUUGUAUUAAUAAUCAAAAAGUGAUGGGGCGGGGGGGGAGUCAUUUACGAACCAGUUAAUAUGUCGAAUCUGAUUAUGGCAUUCUUUUUCAUAUUAAACAUUAACUAUUAAAUAGUGGAAAAUCUUUGAGUAUAACACACAUUCUGUCAACAUGAUGAAAAAGAAAUAUCUAUUUGAAUUGUUAUAGUAAGCUGUUGGAGUUUGCUUAAACUUACACAUAGAUUUUUUUUUUACAUUUUUUAACUUUUAGUUGGAUGCAUUUUACAUUUUAAAUAAUAUUUCAUCUUGACACCAUACUUUAUCAAGAACAGUGUGAGUUUUGAAAUGUCAAAUAUGUGAGUACAAAUGUGAAAAUAUUUAUUUGAUAUCCACAAAGAAUGUUACAAAAAAUGUUUUUCUCUGUUAGGAUAAUGAAUUAAAUGUUGUGCUGUACUGCCGUUUCUAUUAUUGACUGGAUAUUUACUGCAGCUUUCAUCAGAAAUUGAAUGGGAUAUUUUUACUGUGACGGAUUUGCAAAAAUAGUGAAAUCAGCAUUUUUGGAUUGAUGAAUUGAUUUAAACAAGGUGAAGAAUUUUCAGCCUAACUAGAAAACAAUGAAAUAAUUAAAAUCAGCAGACAUUACAUUUUGUUUACAAACUUGUUUAAUGUUUGCAGUAUGAGUGCACCGAUUUUCUGUCAUUUUUGUGUCUCUUUUUUGUGUUUAUGGUAUAUUAAGUGUGCUUAUUAGUCAUAAAUCAUUAGUUCAUUAUGCAAACCAAAGUCACCUACUAUUUUGCAGUUUCAGUUUCAUAAAUACUUUUUAAGAACAGCUUCAAAUGUUGCAGACUUUUUUUCCAUACAGAGAUUGAAAAAAAAGUGUUUUAUGUAUAAAUUUUUAAAAAUAUUAGACUUAGAAGGACUCAAGGCAAUAUAUAGCAAUUAAGGAGAGGAGGUUAGGGGGAUGUGUGGAUGAGGAGGAUUGAUGAGGUGGGGUUCAGAGGGGGUUGGUCAUAAAGUCUUAUUUAUAUAUGCAUGUUUGUCUUUUCAAGCCUGCAUAUACUGGGUUCAUGUCCAAAUGUUUGUUUGCAUUUUCAUUAGAUGGCCAUGUUUCAGCCAAUUCUCUGGCACUUUUAGUAUUAACCUUUAAUUUUACUUGUACUGAAUCCCAUUUAAAUGUGUGUCAGGUUGAACAUGUGUAUGUAAAUCAGAGACUGUGGGUCCUUUCUUCUGAUUGCAUUGCAGUGUUCCUGUAUACGUGUGGCAGGUGUUUUUAAUGUCUGCCUCAUGUAUACUGCUGGACAUGCAUUUCAUGGUAAACUGUAAACCACGUCCUGUCUCUGCUGCUGAUUUCUUGCUUUUAGCAUUAAAAAGUACUGUGUGCAGUGUGUUUGUAUGUUUGUGCACUGCUUUGAUGCCUGCUCUGAACAGAAUACAUGCACUGCCUUCUGAUACCCCAUGAUGAUAAGGAAGUAUGUGCAGUGUGGGAUGGGGUAUGAAGUUGGAGUCGAUUGUUUGCUGAGAUCUCUGGGGUCUCCUAUGUAAGUAUUGUCUGAUGAAUGUGUUUGGGUAGCUGUUUGAUGUGAACAGUUGGUAAAUAUAGCACCUUUCAUUCUUCUUAGUCUCCUUGGUAUUACAAUUGGUGUGUACUCCUCUGAACAGUCUUAACCCAGCUCAGUUUAUGUGAUGACAGGUGAUUGCUUGCAAAGUGUAAUAUUUUGUCUGCGUAACAUUCCUUAUGAUAAUCACCUGUAAUCAGGGUGGUGUCGUUACCUCUUUCAGUGGAUAUGUCCAAGAAAUUGAUCCUUAGGUUUAUUUCUUUGUCUAUAGUAGACUGGAUCGCAGGGAAUAUUGCAUUGACGUGGUUAUGAAAAUCAUUCAGCUGGUCAUUUUUUAAUAUGAUGAAUGUGUCACCAAUGUAGCAUAUGUAAAGUUUCGGUCCUUAGUGAGUCAGAGCUAUGCUUUCAAAUCGCUGCAUUACCAGUUCCGCUAAGAGUCAUGAUAUUGGUGAUCCCAUUGGCAUGCCUUCUAUUUGUAUAUAGUAUUUCCCAUUAAAAUGAAAGUGAUUUUUCGGGCAAAGUGGAACUAGAUGCAUUAUAUCGUUGGUGGCCAGCUUCGUUCGUGUCAUUAUGGUGGGGUUGUUAUUUAGCUUUGUUUGUAGAGUUUAUUUGGCUAGAUGAAUUGGAAUAAUGGUGUACAGUGACACAGUAUCAGACAAGACCAUGAUUUCAUCCUCAGUGAUGAAUACAUUUUUCAGUCACUGUAAUGCCAUCUCUGCUCAUUUAACAGAAUAUUCUGAAUCAUAUGUUAAAUGUUUGAGCAUAUGAAAAAGUCCUUUAGAUAAGUUGGACCACCUUUUAGACUGACAACUGGUCUGAAUUUUAGAGGGGUUUUAUGUAUUUUUGGGAGGCCAUAGAAUUCAGGGCAGCUCGCAUCAUUGAAUUUCAUUCUGUAAUAUUCCUGUGAGUUUAGAAGGUUAUUAUUACGGAGCUUAUUCAGAGUGGUGUUGAUUCUGUUAAAGGUGGCCUAAUAGAACUGUCACACCUCCUUUGUAGGCUGGUGUGAUAAGAAUGCUGUCAUCCUUUUGUUGCAAUCUUAACACUGCUCUUUUAAAGGAACAUAUAGCGUUAGACAUCUUGCAUGUAACUGGCUGGCCACAACACACCUUAUUUUUUGUGCUUUGUCUGCUGGUAUCUUUUCGGUUUUUAUGAUUUGUUCGAGGGAGCCUAGGAAGUUUAUGUCAGAUUCAUUUUUGUGGUUGAACAUUAAACCUCUGGCGAGAACAUUUUGUUCUGUGGUGGACAGCUGUCUUCUGGAGAAGUUGUAUACUCCAGAUUGUGGUCCAGUAGCAUUUACCAUAUUCCCAGUGAGUUUAUUCUAUUUUUUUGUUAGGUGUGUUCCGUUUAGAUUUACGGCUUUUGUAAGUUGUUCCUUGGAUUUGCUUAGCCCAUUCAUCUGUAAUAAAAUGUCCACAUGUUGCGAGAAAUCUGGAUUGCUGUCUCAUUAUUUCAGAUUUAUACAAAGUUAGUUUGAUGUGUGUUUUGGUGAUCAGUUCAUAUAGAACACUCGGAGUGUUCAUUUCUUAGUUUAAAAUGUAUGCAUCUUGGAGAUACAUCAUGUCUGAUACAACUAUGGAGUUUCUUAUUUGCUGUAUGUUGCCUUGGGUUCCUGCAAGUCUAAUCAUUUUCCUCUGAUGAUGAUUCCUGGUAGGAACCAAAAGCUUAGGAAUAAAAAAUCUAUUUUAAGAUACGUUGAUUCAUUUCCUUCCUUUGUGGAUUUCCAGCUAUAAAUAUGUAAACUGUAUCACAGAACGUUGCCUUAACAAUAGACUUAAGAAUACUUAACAAUAAUUUUUCACACAGGUGUAACUCAGAUUAUAGUAUAGAAUCCUGAAUUGUGACAUGUUGCAACCUGCCAGUUAUAUCAGCAGUUCAAGAUUUAAAUGUGAUCAACCAGAUGAAAAGUAACAAAAAGUUGCAAGUUAGUCCUCAUUGCAUUUUAGUCACAUUUGUAGAACAAUCUGCCAUCUUCAGAGCUUUACUAUACUGCUGUAGAAUUAAAUAUUAAUAUUUACUUGUACCGUCUUUUGAAAAAAUCAUACCACAUUUCAUAUCGCAUUCUAUUAUCUUGAGAGUUGGAAUGAAAUAAACUCUUUGAAAAUUAAAGAAGCACUUUAUUGCUUACGGUUUAACAAACAUUAAAAUGAUCACUGAUUCAAAGUAAUGGUACUGUCCAAGAAAGCAUAGGACUCUUGUGCAUUUGUUGAGAUAUUGUCUAACUGCACAAGUGCAUAAUUAAGAGUUGGAUUUAUUAUGCCUAGAAGUGUGCUCAGACAAAUUGAUUUGAUGAAAAACCCACUUCAGCUUUAUGUAUUUUACUUUAAAAGUUCUAUAUGGCUUUAGGCUAUUCUUCUGAUCAGUUAUACAUUAUAUACUAAAAUUAAGUAUUAAGCUGGUUUGACAUUAGAUAAGAAGUUCCAAGAUACUGGCAACAAAAAGGUUAUACCUGCUUGGUGGGAAUGUGGUAAGCACAGACUAGAUGGGUUACAGGCCUUUUGUAGUUAGAAACAACUAGAGUAAAUGCAGACAUUUUUUUUAUUGUAUCUUUUGAAAAGGAGGUGAUAUUUCAAAAAACACGAUUGAAUUCUCUUGUUUACCGUAUUUGAUUUAAACAAAUUGUACAUUCUUGAAAUCUACCUUGUUUAGUCUGUUUUUAUGUACCACAUGGUAUUACGAAAUAAUAAACUCUAAAAAUGUAUCCCAUCCUGUUUUAUAUUGUUAUCAAGGUUAAAUAUAAAUUUGUUGGCCAGUAUUUGUAAUCUUCUUUUUUCCUCAGAAUACUAAAUGUUGUCCGUGUUUAAACGUAACAGAUCGUGCAAGUCAACUUAAGAGGUGUAUGAAUGAUACAUAUUGCUAAUAAACUGUACAAUUAAAUGUA